AUGCCCGGGCAGGGGUGCGGGCCCGGAACGGCCGCCAAGGGGGAGCGGGAAGCCCGGGCUCUCCCAGGCCCCACCGCUGGGGGGGGGCUCGGCAGGGGCCAGGGCGGGACAGACCCGCUCAACGCCACUAACAGCAAUAAAAAUAAUGAUAAUAAUAAUAAAAGCUCCGAGGGCGUGAGGGGCAGCCCCCCGCCGGUAGCCACGGACAGGCCGCGGGCACCCCCGCUGCGGUCCCGCUACCCGGCCCGAGCCCUCCCGCAGGCGGUGAGGGGAACCGGCCCGAGGCGGGGGAAUCGUUGGGAUUCAAACGGGAGAUCGCCGGCAGCCGCCCCGGCCCGGCCACCCAUGGAGCCGUCGGCAGCGCGGCAGCGGCCCGCCGUGGAGCAGAGGCUGAGCGGCAACGGUGCUGCGAAACCCCGAAUCAGUGUCAGCAGAGAACUGGAGCUGAAAACCACCCUGCGGGAGCUGGUCAUCUACGUCUUUUUCCUGAUCGACCUCUGUAUACUGACGUUCAGCAUGGUGAGCACGGAGAUGUACUACCUCAACAAAGUCAUGUCCCAGCUCUUCCUGGAGCCACCCUCCUCUGAGGACAGCCACAGCGGUUUCGGGAAAAUCGAGAGCAGGGCUGAUUUCUGGAGGUUUGCAGAAGGACCCCUGUUGGAUGGACUCUACUGGGACAAAGGGAAUAACACCAGGAUGUUAGCCAUUCAGGACAACAACAACCGUAUUUACUAUGAGAAUUUGCUGUUAGGAGUAGCCCAGAUCCGCCAGCUGAAAGUUCACAACAACACUUGCUCCAUCUACCCCUAUUUCCAUAGCUUUUUUAAGGACUGUUACAGUGAAUAUCGUUAUCAAGCUGAAGACAGGUCUGACUUCGGUCUAAAGAACGACUCCGAAUGGAAAUACACCUCAGCCUCCUCGUUCUCCCUGUGGUACUGGGGAUCUAUGGGCUUGUACAGCAGCGGAGGAUAUAAAUUCAAAUUACCUCAAUCGAAGGAGAAGAGCCUGGAGAAGUUGGUGUUUCUCAGGCAGAACAACUGGCUCACUAGAGGAACCAGAAUCGUAUUUAUUGAUUUCUCAACAUAUAAUGCUAACAUAAACCUCUUCUGUAUAGUCAGGUUGGUGGUAGAGUUCCCUGCCACGGGGGGUGCGCUCACCUCCUCACACACCUACUCUGUGAAGCUCCUCGGAUACAUCACGUACUACGAUUACUUCCUGGCUUUUUGUGAAGUCACCUUUUGCCUUUUCAUCAUUACAUUCAUAAUCCAGGAAGCUAAAAAACUAGUAGAACUGAAGCUGAAGUAUUUCAGAAGUGCCUGGAACUGUCUGGAUGUGCUGCUGCUGGUGGUAUCCAUCCUUGCCAUUAUCUUCAACAUCUACCGCACUGUGGAAGUGUCCCUGCUAAUGGAAGAGCUGCUGUAUGAGCCCAGUGAUUAUCCAGACUUCUAUUUCCUUGCAUUCUGGCAAGUCCUUUACAACAACGUGAUUGCUGUCAACGUCUUCUUUGCUUGGAUUAAGAUAUUUAAAUACAUAAGCUUUAACAAAACCAUGACGCAGCUGUCCUCCACUUUAUCUCGCUGUGCCAAAGACAUCCUUGGAUUUGCCAUCAUGUUCUUCAUCAUUUUCUUUGCCUAUGCCCAGUUAGGCUAUCUGGUCUUCGGCUUGCAAGUUGAAGAGUUUUCCAGUUUCCAAAACUGCAUCUUUACACAGUUCCGUAUUGUGCUGGGAGAUUUUAAUUUUCAAGCCAUAGAAGAUGCAAACAGAAUCCUUGGACCUAUUUACUUCAUCACAUUCGUAUUCUUUGUGUUCUUCGUGUUGCUGAACAUGUUUUUGGCUAUUAUAAAUGAUACCUACUCUGAAGUCAAGGCAGACUUUCAGCUGAUAAGCAGUGAAGAGCUGCAGAUCAGAGACCUCUUCAAACAGAGCUGCAAUAAGGCCCUUGUCAUGCUCAAGUUGAAGAAACCCCAGAUGGCUAAAAAUUCCUCGGAGGAGAACUUGCAAAGCAAGGAAUUACCAGCCAGUGAAGGAAAGGACGUUUCUAAGCAUUCCAAUGGAGCUGGAGCUAGCAAAGAGAGCCAUCCAGAGCCAUCAAAGGAAGGGGACCCUGAGCAGAAGCACCCCCCUGCUGCCAGCGGGGCCUCAGGCCCGGCUCAGAGCUACGUCUCCGCUGCGGAUUUCCGUGAGCUCUACAUGUACACAUCCUUAUUGGGCACUGAAUUAAUACACACUAAUCAAAUGCUGAAGAAAGUUGUGGAAGCCAUGCAGCAAGCGAAGGGUUCUUCAGCCGAGAUGACAAAAUGGCAGCGAAACGCCGGAGCUCACCUGGUGACAGAGACAGCCCGACUCUUCCCACAGCCUGAAUAA